AUGGAAAUACAAGGUUUUAGCACUCCAAUUUUUAGUUAAAGUUCUAGCGAGCUGAGUAAUAACAUUUUUGUUGUGCCAUUUGAAUAUUCGUCUCCAUUUGGGCAUCAUUACUAAAUAAACAAUAAAAAGAAUAAUAAUGAUGAUGAAAUUUACAAUGAUGAUGAUUGUUACUCUAAAGAUGAAGAAGAUUCAAAAGAAAAUGAAAAGCAAUAAAAGAGGAUGAGAAGGAUUAAAAAGAAAAUUUAAAAAGAUAAGGGCUAAAUAAAUUUAAAGCAGUUCACUAUUUAAAGUAUUCCAUGCAGAGAAUUAUUUAAAUUAAAUUCUGGAGUUUACAUUACAUUAGAUGGUGUUCUUAGAUUUUGCUACUCUUAAAAUCCAGUAAGCUUUGGUUUUAGCCCAUAAAAGGUUUUAAAAAUAGAAGAAAUGCAUAAUUUAGGUAUAAUAGAUAUAACAUAGACCAUAGAUAACCUCUUUCCCAAGAGAUCAAUUGAAGAUUGCGUAAAUCUUAUGAUGCAUAAAAAUUUAGCUCACUUAAAUAAACAAGUGGUUUUCUCUGAGUUAGAUAAUUUUGAUUAAAUGGUUAGAAAAAUUUAUAAUUGUAAUGCCCUUCCUAAGUAGUUGAGAGUUUUUAAGGAAAAUGAAUUUUAAAGUUUCAUUCAACAUUCUUACAAAUACAUAGGAAAGCUAUAAAAUGAAGAACCCGACCUCUUAUUAAGUUUUGUUAUUGGAAGAUACAAUUAUAUAGAUAAAGAUGUAGAAAUAUGUCAUACAGGAAUGUCAAAAGGCUAUUUAUCGCUAUUAGGAUUGGAUUAUAACACGUUUAGAUCAAUAGUAUUAAGAAAUCAAAAGGUAGAUCUCAUUCAAAAUAAAGCUGAUAUAAUCUUAUCAGCUUUGAAUGGAAUAAAUUUGAAGAGCAAAUUCAAUAGCGAAGACACAUUUUCUGCUGAUAUCAUUACAUUUGAUGGAUAUCCUUUGAAAAUUAACUAUCAUACAAAAAAUGUCACAAUAUAAUAGAAGCUGAAUGAUUUAUUUGGAGAUGAAUAUAUCCUAGUCAUUACAAAAAUUAAUGUAUCUCCUAACUAGAUGCAGGGAUUAGUUGAUUAUAGAAAAAAACUAAUGCUUAAUUCUGAAGCUCUUUCUAUAGAUGAAUAUAUUAAUAAAGAAUUAUCGUAUUUAUUUGAAGACGUUGAAUAUUCUGUUUAGUCUUAACAGUUCAUAGAAAAAUACUAUAAAGAAAAUCUAGAUAAUUUACUUAAAUAAAAAGGCAAUAUACAAUGUGGAUAUCGUUACAUUUAAAAUGAAAGCAAAAUAUCUUAAAUAUAAAUAGAAAAUAUAGAUUUAAAAAAUUUGAUGUGA